AUGCAAGGUAAAACGAUAUACAUUCUGGGUGCAAUUUCUAUCCUAGUACCGUUAGUAUCAUCCCUAUUAGCACCAAUAGAGGACCCUAUAGUAUCAAACAAAUAUCUUAUAACGUACAUUGAUGAGGAUACCUGGAGCGAUACAAUAUUGCAUAAUGAAUCUGCUAUGAACUCAGGAUAUAUUGUAAACAUGGGCGGCAACCUUGAAUGUUUUAUUCAGAACGCAAGUUCUCAAUUGAGCGAUGUAUUGGAAAAUUCCAAUGAGUAUAACAAUAGUGAAAAGGCUGCGUUGUUGACCAAUACUCUGAAUCAAGGCGUUAGAGCUAUUUUCGAUAAAUUAAAUGAAAAAUGCAUUUUCUACCAAGCUGGAUUUUGGAUUUACGAGUACUGUCCUGGUAUAGAAUUUGUACAAUUUCAUGGCAGAGUAAACGUACAAACUGGCGAAAUCGUCAAUCGAGAUGAAUCUUUAGUUUACCGGUUGGGAAAGCCAAAGCCAAACUUAGACGAGAGGGAAUUUGAAUUGCUUUAUGAUGAUGUAGGAUAUUAUAUUAGCGAAAUUAUAGGCUCUGGUGAUACUUGUGAUGUGACAGGUGCUGAAAGAAUGGUUGAGAUACAAUAUGUCUGUGGUGGCUCAAACUCUGGACCAGCAACGAUUCAAUGGGUGAGGGAAACAAAAAUCUGUGUCUACGAAGCCCAAGUUACCAUACCUGAAUUGUGCAAUUUAGAACUGUUAGCUAAAAAUGAAGAUCAAAAGAACGCUUCGCCUAUCUUUUGCAGGAUGCCUGGCAAAUCAAGUAUAGAUACUAACUCUUUAGAUUUGAUCACUGAGUUUGAACCAAUAUUUUUAGGUUCUGGAAUAUACUUUUUAAGACCUUCUAACGCUGAUCAAAGGGUUAAAUUAAUGGUUACUGAUAAUGUGAUGUCAAACUGGGAUGUGAUUAUCGACACACAUUAUCAGAAAUUUGGUAAUGCUAUUAACAAAAUGCUAAGCUUGAAAUUGGUAUCGCUACCUGAUGGUCAUAUUCUUCAACCUGGCGAUUCUUGUAUUUGGCAGGCGGAGGUGGUAGACAUUAAAGAUCAAUUUCAAACCAUUUUAUCAUUAAACAUACUUGAUUCGCAAAGAGCAGAAAUAUCUUUCAACAAAUCGUUAUCAUUUAAUGAAAAUAGUGGGAACUUUAUAUCAUACAAAAUCGGGGACCCUAGCGAGUCGACUGAACUCAGCCAAAUCACCCGCUUAAAUAAAGCAGAGAAAAACAUCGAAACAAUUCAGUCAGAAGAAGAAUUAAUAAGUCCCGAUAAUGAGUUGUUCUUGAGGCUUUCUAGGGAAAUAACUGAAGUAAAAGAACUAUUAAAUGAAAUUGUAGGUCCACGUGAAAUGGAAGUGAUAUUUGAAAGCAUAAGAAACCAGCCAAAUAACGAUUUUGAACUGGCACUGUUAAACGGGUUGAAACAUUCGCUAGCUGCCGGAAUUAAUGAAAACAAUGUUGAGCAGGUACAGGCAAAUAUUGAUGAUAAUAAGAACACUCAAGGUAAUAAGGAUGUCACUGAACUCCCUAACCGAACUGGGGAAAAAGCCAGUGACAGCAAGAAGAAAGAAAGUACAACUAACUCAAGUAAGGAAAUCGCAAAAGAUGGCUCAGGUACAACAGAAAUUGUUGAAUCAGAAGAAACAAAUGUCAACGCCGAUGUUUUUAUUGAUCACGAUGAACUUUGA